CUGACGUCGAGGCGCAGACCGUCAGCGGAAACCACCACCCGUCGACGUUUGUUUUCUUCCCCCUCUCUCUGGCGCCGACCGGGGCGCGAUGCUUUCCGCUUGAAUCUCCAUCCGGAGGUCAGUGCAUCAUCAAGGGCCAAAGGGCCGGGACUGCGCUGUUAUGUUCUGUGUGACCCCUGGAACAUGCUGGGAAGCCUCCUUGGUACGGUUUUUAAAUCCUGGUGAAGGGCUUAUGCUCAAACCGUCGACUCUCCUGCUCCUCGGAUGCCGCCUGACCUGCUGUGCGUUUCCAGCACCACCCUCUUCGAUUCUGAUCCUCCGCAUCCCCAGUCCUCGUGCUCUCCCACCCAUCAACAUUUGCUGAAAGGGUGUCGGUCGGAAUUGGAGAGGAACAGGAGGAGGCCACUCAGCUUUCCCUCCCUCUCCACUGCAAACAGGAACAGAGGAGACCGUUCCACCCCGUCUCGAGCCUGUUACACAGGAACAGGAGGAGGCUGUGAGAUAAAGCAGCCUGCUGUGUCACUCUGAUAAGUAGGAUUCUGCACAGAAACUCCAAGCUGGCACAUUGUAGAGGAACAUUUGCAGCCACAAGCAAGGGCCAGGAUUGAUGCCUCGGGCAGUAAUUGUAAUCGGAGCCGGGAUAAGUGGCCUGGCAGCGUCCCUCCGCCUGAGUAAUGCUGCUACCAAUGUUUCCAAGGUCACCUUGUUGGAAGCAAGUGGUCACAUCGGAGGUUGGCUACAAACAACGCGGACCCAGGAUGGGGCCAUAUUCGAGCAUGGACCGAGAGGGGUCCGGCCCGCUGGGACCGUGGGAAAGAACACACUCCAACUGGUGUCGGAGCUGGGUUUGGAGAAUGAAGUUCUCCCUGUGACCUACCGUCACGUGGCUUCCAAGAACCGAUACCUGUUUGUUGGGGGGAAGCUGUGCAAAUUACCGUCAGGCCUGAGAUCUGCUUUUGUCACCCGCCCUCCGUUCACCCAGCCCAUCAUCAGCAGCUUACUGCGGGAACCCUUUGUCAGACAAGGAGAGGAGCAGGAUGAAAGUGUUCACAGUUUCACAGCUCGCCGGUUUGGAAAGGAGCUGGCGGAACUUGCCGUGGACAGCCUGUGCCGAGGGAUCUUCGCUGGGAACAGCCGGAAGCUCAGUGUGCGAUCCUGCUUUCCCACGCUGUUUGAGGCCGAGAGGAAGUUUGGAUCUGUGCUCAUCGGGAUGAUUAUAGGAGGAGGAGGAGCCAGGAAGGACCCCAGCUUCACCUCCCCAUUAGUGCGGCGAGCGCAGACUGAGGGCUGGGCACAGUGGUCGCUGAAACAAGGCAUGCAGUCCCUCCCGGAGGCAAUGGAGCAGGAGUUACGGAGACGCGGAGUGGAAAUCCACCGGGACACACCCGUCAACAGGAUUCAACAGACCCCUGAUGGAGCCUGGGAGGUCCACCUUGAUGGAGGGACGAUGAAGGCGGAUCACCUUUUCUCCUCAGUCCCAGCGAAAGUGCUGAGCAGAAUCCUCCCUCCGUCCUGGGUAGCCCUGGGUGACAGCCUGCAGCAGAUUGACAGCGUGUCUGUCACUGUGGUCAACCUGGAGUAUGAUGGCUCGGUCCUUCCCAUUGCAGGCUUCGGACACCUUGUCCCCUCGCAGGAGAGCAAGGAAAUCCUGGGUGUUGUUUACGACUCCUGCAGUUUCCCCGAGCAAGACCGCGUGGGUGCACCCACCACCAGGGUGACGGUCAUGAUGGGGGGCUCCUGGUUCCGAGAAGCCUUUGGUGACCCGGAGACGGUUGCUAAGGGCCAUCUACUGCAGCGAGCCAGGGACACGGUGCGCAGUCACCUGGGCAUUACCCAGAAUCCCCUGAGGGCCAUCGUAAAGGUACACAAGGAUUGCAUCCCACAGUACGCUCUGGGGCACUCGAGACAACUGGACGCUAUCUUCGGAGCCAUCGAGCAGCGUGGUGUGGCCCUGUCCCUCAUCGGUGCCUCAUACCGCGGGGUCUCGGUCAACGACUGCAUCUACCAGGCACAGCGGUCAGUGGACAGCCUGCGGGGAUGACCGUGGGGCGUGCGGGUAAGGCGCAGGCACUGUCCGGCAAGGAGACCGGGUCCCCCCGGCCGGCUGGUGCUGGUGCUGGGGGUGAUCUGCUUGGCUCAGGACCCUGCAUCCAACACUGGCCCGGGCCCGGACAGAGCCUUUCACACACCCUGGGAUCCUGCUGUGCGGAUCUGUCUGAGAGAUGUACUCUGCCGUCGGUGUACUGGCUCCUGAAUAAACCCUCCUGUGCUGGG